GCUAGUUCCAUGUGGAGACUCACGUUGCAUCUCCCGAUACUCUCUACAAUAAAAAUGGCAUUUUGCUUAUCUUGUUUUCAUGUUCAUAUUACCAGCGCAAGCAAAAGGUGCCAGAGCUUCUCCAUUCUCAACCUUGAUGGGUCCUGGUAACUGCUUUAGGAGUCUCAAGAAAGCGAAGGAGGGAACUUCCAGACAAGCGAAGGUGGAAGUUUGCGCUGCCAAGUCCAAUGGGUCCAAGCAGGAUUCACAAAGAAAAUGGGGUAUUCCUGGAAAGCGGGUUGAAGAUACUGCCGCAACUAGGAUUCAAGCUGCAUUUCGUGCAUUUCUGGUACGAAGGACACUGUACCGUCUGAGAUGUGCAGUGAGGUUCCAAAGCUUGACUCAUGGUCUACCCGUGACAGAGCAAGUGUCGACUGCACUUAGCUAUUUGCAUUCGUGGAGCAGGAUCCAAACCGAGAUUAGAGCUCGACGAAUUAACAUGGUCACUGAGGCACGCAUGAGGCAAAAGAGACUAGAAGAUCAGUUGAAGUUUGAAGCCAAGCUCCAGAAGCUAGAGCUCGAAUGGUGUGGAGGCCCCGGAACCAAGGAGGAUAUCCUUGCAAAGAUACAGCAAAGAGAAGCAGCAGCAGCCAAGCGGGAGAGAACCCUGGCAUACGCCUUCUCUCAUCAGUGGAGGGCUAACUCCAGCCACUAUCUCAGUCGACCCUCUUAUUGUCUAGUCAAAGAAUGUUGGGGUUGGAGCUGGUUGGAACAUUGGAUUGCUACCCGGCCCUGGGAAAUCCGACCUCAGUCAUAUUCAACUGAAAUGAUGGCGAAGCAGCUUGGCAAAUCGGCAAAGCCUUGUAUUACCCAAAGGUCAAAACAGCUUCAAUUGUACUACUGAAACCCUGGAACUCAAGAGGUAAUCACGAUUCCCAUGCAACGCCAGCUUGGCAAUGUGAAAUAAGCCUAUGAGAUUCUUGAGUAAUUUAUUUCAAGAUUGAGAUGAGGUUUGCGUUAGUAGCAGUUGCAGUCUCUAAGAGCAUGGGACAUAAGUCAAUACUCAGGAAUGGCGUAAUCUUUCUUUACUGGACAACUGAUAAUUUAUGAUAAUCUGAUCUGCUGGUUGUUAUUAAUAAAUCUGGCGGAUGUAACUGCCGAGCUCUGUGAUUUGGAUUGUUCAAUAAUGUGUGUUAUAAUAUGUAUCUGUAUCAUUGUAUUAAAGACUCUAGCCAAGAAAAAUACAAUUGUACAGCCUCAUUGUUUGUAUAUGCUUUAGACUAAUCAAAAGAAUAUCAAAAAA